AUGUCUAAUCCAUUGCGAAACGGUGGUGUAAAAAACGAAGCUGCUGGACCAGUUGCCUCCGACUCGCUCGCCGCAGAGUCAGUACGCGAACAUGGAAAGUUUGGAGAGAAUAAAGGUAGCCAGCCCCUGGGAGUACAGGGUAGCCAUUCUACGUUUGCAAAUACGGACACUUCAAGUGCAUCCAAGCUUCAAGCAGCGCCGGACGCUGAGGCUCGUCUAGCUGAAGCCGAAUGGGGAGAGGGACAACCACAGAAACGCUCUCAAACCCAGACUCAGGGCCAGGAACAGGCAAAAUCACAUGGAGACGAGCAGCAGCAGGGCCAGAGCUACAAUAAAACAUCGGGAACUUCUUCAGGCACUACUGGUUCAGGCCAAGACGGUGGUUCAGGCACAUCAGUGAAUACUGCUCCCCAUUACGUCGACCCUGUUCUUGGUAGUAUGCAAGGCUCAAAGCCGAAAGGCAAGAACUUGACCGAAGGCGGAUUCGAAGACGACGCUUCGCAGAAUGUGAGCUUCAAUGCUGAAAUUGGGUCCAGGAAUGACCCAGGUUUGCAGGCAGAAAGGGAGAUUGGAAAUAUGAAUGCACAGAAUAUCCCGGGGCCGACUUCCAAAGGAGGGCCCGAUCUCAUGGGAGGUAGUGAGAGGAAGGUCAACGCAUCAUAUAAUGUGCUUGGGUCCGAGGAGGAUGCAUAA